GGCUCCCCUGGCGCCUUGUGAGGCCGCGGUGUGGCAGGGCGGCUAGUUCAAGUUGCCAUAGCGGCCGAGGAGGCGGCAGGAGCAGGGCGGUUGGGAGAAAGGGAGAACCUUUCUGAUACAAAUGGCAGAAUCCUCCAGUGACUCUGACCAUGUACGCCAUAGAAUUGGGAGACGGGGUCCUGUGAGAGCAACUAGAACCCGAAAUCAUGGUGUUGAAGAUGUCACAGAGAAGAUCCAUACUUUAGCAAGCACUUUACAGGAUACCAAUCGGAACCUGAGAAAUGUGGACCAGAUGUUAGGCCAGUAUCGAGAAUACAACAAUGAACAAGCAGAAGCAAUUGCAAAUCUUAAAGAAACACUGGAACAAUCCAUAGGCCAAUUAAGGAGCCAACGCUUACUGAGAAAUUCAGGAGAAAGAAGUGCUUCUCUUUCAAGCUUAUAUGCAAGUGAUCUGGAUAGUGGAGCCCCAGAAGGUCGUCACUUUCAACCUACCUCUCCCCUCAAGGAUUAUGGUGAAACAGUAGGUGCUAGACGCUACCGGUCUAGAUCAGCUGUCCAAUUUGUUGACCGGGGAGAUAACGGGAACCAGUUGCACUCUUUACACCAGUCACUUAGAGACCUCAGCAGUGAACAAGUUCGUUUAGAAGAUGAUCUCAGCAGAGAGCUCUCAAGAAGAAAUCGCACUGAUGCAGAAACAAAACGAAGGUUAGAAGACUUAUGUGACAGACUCAAUGAAUCUCAAACACAGGAAACAGUGUCAGAACGGGUAGAGAGAAGACUUCAGAAGAUAGGACAAGAAAUUCGCUCAGAAAGGCAGCUGGUAGAAAGACGCCAGGAUCAACUGGGACACAUGUCUGUGCAUCUCCAGGAGGCUUUAAAGCAACAAGAUGCUAAAUCUAAUGAAGCAGAAGUGGCCUUAAAAAGUAAAAUCUUUAAAAUGGAAGGUGAAAAAAGCAAACUUGAACAGGAUUUGGAGCGUUCCCGGAGGAAACUGGAUCAGUCGGAAAACAGCCGAGAAGUUCUUCUCCACCAGAUUGAGGAUCUCCGUUCCCAACUCCUUAGAGCAGAAGAGGAACGUCUGAAUCUUCAGCAUCAAAUUUCUCAGGUUGCCAUACAUCAGAACCAUCCGGAUGAACAGGAAAAUGACAGGAGGAAGCGAAGAGAGGCUGAAAGGUCUGACCCAGAGAAAAAAGUGCUGGAGAAGGAAAUCUGGGAACUGAGAGCAAAGCUAAAUCAUAGUGCUGUGAUGUCAGAAAUAGAAGAGUUAAAGCGAUGCAUGGAGCGCAAGGACAAAGAGAGAGCACAGCUUGGAAUGCAAAUGGAGGUUUUAACCUCAGACUUGGAAAAACGGGAGAGCCAACAGCAAAAGAUGCUGAGUCAGCUGAAAGAGAUACAGAGUAACUACAAGGUCUGUGAGAACGAACGAAGAGCAGCAGAAGUUCAGGUUACAGAACUGUCUCAGCAUUUGGAAGAGUCAACUAAGGAAGCAGAGAGGUACCUAGCUGAAUUCAGACAAUCUGAAGUGCUCAGGCUAGCAAAUGAAAAGAAGAAGGAGGAGUUAAAACUGAAAGCUCAGGAAUCUAUUAGACAUUGGAAGCUAAGAUGUAAGAAACUGGAACAUGAACUAGAAAAGCAGACUGAACUUCACAGCCAGUUGAUGGAGAAGAACAAUUUGGCCCUUAAAGAAAAGGAUGACUUGAAGAGUCAGCUUCUUUCUACCAUGCACCAAAUGGAAAGCCUUCAGAAGGAAUUGACUGAUGUUCUUGAGAAGAGAGCCAAACAAGAGGAGGAGUUGCAUUGUAGAGAAGUAAAGCUCAAUGAAUCUAGAUCACAACAGAUAGCUCUUGAACAAGAGAUUAGAGAUAUCAGAGAAACUGCAGAUAAAUUGAACAGUGAGUUGCAAAAGCAGAGCCUAACACAGAGCCAGAUACAAACAGAUAAACAACACUUAGAGGAGGAGCUUGCAACUAUUAACAUGAUCCAUGAAAAAGAACAAGCAAGACUGUUAGAGAUGCAAGCAGUUAUAAAAAACCUGAGUGGAAUUCGGGCUGAGUUAACCAGCCGAGUAGCAGAAGAGGAGAAAUCAAAGAAGGAGAUGCACAAGACCCUGACAGAACUCCAGAAGCAACAGGAAUCUAGUCAAGAGGAGAUGGCUGCUGUCACUAAGCAGCUGAAGUUGGAGAGAGAUGUCCACCAACAUGAACUGGCAGAACUUCAGUCAGAGUUGCAGCGGGUGAAAACAAAUCAUGACCAGCGUGUCCAAGAGAUGAUGGAGUUGUUCAGUCAAGAAAAGGAGGAAGCAGCUAGUCACAUUGGAAUGUUGAAGGCAGAACUUGUAGAAGAAAGAAAUUUAGUAAAAGCUCAUCGUCGACAGGUGGAAAAAAUGAAGAUUGAAUGUGAUAAGCUGACAGAAGAGCUAACCCAGAAAGAAGAAGAAAAUGUAAAAUGUAGGCGAAAAUACCAGCUAAUGAAACAGGAACUGGAUGAAAGGCAUAAAAGGCUAAAUAGUGAAGAUGAUCACCUCAGAAGGGUAGAGGAAGACAGAUUACAGCUUCAUGAUCAACUACGAAGUCUUCAAAAUGAAAAAGAAUCCAUCCUCUCUAUGAUAGGAAGCGAAAUUGAUGCAGCUUGUGAAGUCCUUUCUCGGGAUUCGGUGGAGAAAUACACAGCAAUUUCACUUACGCCUGGGGUACAGAAUGACCCUCAUCGCUGGUUAGCAGAAACAAAGACUAAACUCCGAUGGUUAUGUGAAGAAGUGAAGGAGAGAGAGAGCAAGGAAAAGAAGCUUCGGCAUCAAUUGCUUCAGAGCCGAGAGCAGUUGAAACAACUGACCUUGAGCAAAGAGAUGGAACACCAAAAUCUCAUUGGACAAAUAGAAAAGCAGGAACAACUCCUCAAAGAAGUUUACCAAGAGAAGAAAGAUCUACUGGAGAAGAGUCUCAGGAAAGAGGAAGAAAUAGGUGAUCUGCAGGAACGAAUAACAGCAUUGGAAACAAGUACUCGAGUGGCCUUGGAUCAUCUGGAGUCUGUUCCUGAGAAACUGAACUUUUUGGAAGAUUCCAGAGAUUUGGGAGAUUCUCACAAUCAGACAGAAAUUGUUGCAGAAAGAUGCAGUAAAUACAAGGAAAUUAUGGGCUCCUUACAGCAGCAUCUGGAAGAGUCAAAGCGCAGACUUGAAGACUUCAGGGAUAAGAAAACUGGAGCUGAUAUAUCUGCUAUACAGAGUGCAUCUUGCAACUGGCGAACCAACACCAGCUUUAUGUCCAGCUCUUUGCUUUCCAAUUCAGGAUCAUUUACCAAAAGUACCAUUCCUUUGGAUUUAAAUACUCCUAGAAAAGGUGCCACCAGCCUGACUGUCAAUGGGGUGAAGCUACGGACAGAAAAGGAGAAGAACUAGAGAAAAAAAGAAGGACUAGAGAAAAAGAGCAGUACCAAAGCAACAAGAAAUAUGCAAUUCCAACAUAGGAAAUUCAGCUCUGCACAUUUUUAAUUUUUUUAUUGUUUAGGUUCUGGCUGCUGUUAAGAACAGCUGUAUUUACAAAAGCAGUGCAUUCCAUAGUUCAGCACACACCAACUAUUGACUGAAAACAGCAUUUUGAUUGUAUAUCUUAGGGCCAAACCAGACUGCUGAAAUAAUCCAGUUUGAGAGCACUUCAACUACCCUGACUCAAUGCUAGGGAAUUCUGGGAACUGUAGUUUUGUGAGACAUUUAGCCUUCUCUGUUAGAGAACUCUGGUGCCCAACAAACUACAGUUCCAAAAUUUCCCUAGCACUAAACCAGGGCAGUUAAAGUUGUCUCAAGAUGGAUUAUUUCUGCAGUCUGGCCCUAAAUUAAGCUUUGAAGAUGCACCAUAUACUCUAAAAUGCCAAAGCAUCUUUUACUGUACUGUGAAGCACUGUGCCCUUUUGCUUUUUCUUCUCAGUCCUCAACUUCUUAUGCCACUUAUAUAUUUCUUUUAUUGAUCAAUAUCUCUUGCCUCUUAUUCUCUCUCUCUCUCUCUCUACAUAUAUACAUAUAUUUAAAUUCAAAGUCAAAUGAAAUUUGACUUAACUUCUUAAGAAUCAGGAAAUAAUUAACAAAUGUCUUUGUGUGUAAAUAAGAUAUUUUAUAAUUGAGAUCAGCAUGCAUAAAUAGCAUUUUACAACAAAAGGGGCCUCAAAAGUAUUAUGCAAUGAUUACAUUACAGUGAUUAAUAAUAGAAACGGUUUAUAUCUAAAACAAUGACCUGAAUUUCCUUCAGUAUGAGGAAAGUUGAGAUUACAUUCCAUACUUCAUUCUGUUUGGGUCUGCUCUGUUUGUUGAUCCAAGCUCAGCAAAGAACACAAUCCAGAUUUCUCCAAAACUGGAAGACGUUCAGCUAACUGCUUGUUAUGAACAACAUUUGUAAUAAAGCAUUAGGAUAAUUUUGUUCCUGCACAAUAAAACAUCCCAAUAAUGUAAUGAAAUAGUUCUGUUCUUGCUUGGUAGAAGGGAAAGAAAGUCACCAUAUAUAUUUUUUAAAAUGAAGCCUCAUACAGAUACCUGUUGAGCAGCUUGAGACCAUUUAGGAGGUGAAGUGAGCUUAAGUGAAUACCUGUCCCUUUAACAAAAUUCAGUUUCUAAUGAUCACAGCAUUUCAGUGCUUGCUUUAUUAAGUUUACUGAUUCACUUAAACUUGAAGUGCUCAUGUGAAUAUACCAUAUUCUAGUGAGAUAUGAUGGUCUCCAUUGAUUAAAUCAGCCACUCCCUUUCUUGAUGUUCCUAAUAAACCCCUGAAGCAGCUGCUUCUUCACCUUCACCUGGCCUAAUUGUUAGUGGUUUAUUACAAAUAUCUUGGUUCAGAUCAGUAAAGUGCAUUUGAUUUUAAUUUUCCAUGCUAGGCCAGUACAGUAGCCAAUCUAGAGGUUGUUCUGGUAAAAUGGAUGGUAUUACAACGUCUCAGUAAUAUCAGCCUUUUAAUUAGCUAACAGUUCACUCUGGAAAGACUGGUUAUUUUAGAAGUAGCAUUAAUAAUGAUGUCCAUUUAAAACUGCUAGCAAUAUUUGGAAGAUGGUAUGCCAAACAAGAAGUGAGAUUUACUUUCGAACUGUUAACCCUUCUACCCGAUGAUACAAAUGGUACAUGAACAGCUGCAUAAUGACUGCUGGUGAAAGAAAGGAUUUGCACUCACCUUUCUCUGUAACUGAGUUGAACUGCGAGGAAGGAAGAGAAAAGAGGCUGUGUAUCAAUACUGUGCUUGGUGUGAUGGAGGCUUCUUUUGAGUGAUUUUCUUUCUCAUAAACAGCUUACUGGCUCUAUUUUUGCUGUGAUAACAUUCCCAUUACAUGUACUUUGUAAAGGAGAGAGUCAUAGUUACUGCAAUGGGCUCUGGGACUUUUCACUGAGUUAUAUAUAAAAUCCCUUUCAAAAAGUAACUUUCAAGCUCUGAUGCAAUCCUAUUGACAGCAAAGAAGCUUUUGGUAGCUUUGAAAGGACAUAAGCAGUGUUAAUUGGCCUAUGGGCAGGUACCCACAAAUGUAAAUAAAUCUGGUUAGUCUUUAAGAAA